CGUUCCUACAGUUCCUACUUCCUAGUUCGUACCGUACUUCGUAAUUCGUCGUAGGCAUAAUUUGUAGUAAUAAUGUCUAAUAAUAUGCUUCAUAAUUCAUAGGUAUAAUACAUUUCGUAUAUUUCCUAAAAGUUCUUGGUACUCAAAUUAGAACAAGGAACAAAAAUUAUAGGUCAACUAAAAUAACCUAAAAAUAUGAGGUUUAAAACGUUUAGUUUCGUGAAGCAAAUUCAAACUUUGAGUAGUCACCAAUACAGCACACUUAAAAUCCAAAAUGUUUUUGCGAGACGGCAAAUUGCAAAAUACCCUGUAAAACUUACAUCGAUAGUUUGUGUGUACUCUUCAGACAACAAGAAACAUUUGCUCGAUAUCGAUAAGCAGAGAGAAGCGUUAAAAGAUGUAUUGGAACAGAGGAAAAGUCAAAUCAAAGUUACUGAACAGAGACUUCGGCAAAAAGGUGUUGAGAUCGUCCGAGACUUGAAGCAGCAGAAAGAGAUUACAGAACAUAAAUUUAAAAAGAAAAAAGAGCAUUUAGUGAAGGAUAUUUUGGAAACUAAAGCUAAAGUUAGAGAGAAAAUAGAAGAAGUUGUUGAGAAAGAAAAUGUAUUUACUGUACCAAAUAUACUUUGUAUGGCAAGAAUAGCCAUGUCCCCAUAUUUGGGCUAUAUUAUAUUACAAGACAACUAUAAUCUGGCACUAGGCCUUUUGGUGUUUGCAGGUAUUACUGAUGUGCUAGAUGGAUGGAUAGCCCGCAACUGGGAAGGUCAAUCAUCUAAAAUGGGGUCAUUCCUAGACCCAAUGGCAGACAAAAUCCUUAUAGCGACACUGUUCAUAUCUCUUACAUGGCAGGACUUGAUACCACUGUCUCUAACAUUAUUGAUAGUAGCGCGAGAUGCUGCGCUGGUUGCAGCCGGCUUUGUCAUCAGAUAUAUUAGUUUGCCACCUCCAAAGACCCUGAGCAGGUAUUUCGACGUGACGCACGCGACGGCGCAGCUCGCGCCCACGUUCAUCAGCAAAAUGAACACCGCUGUACAGCUAUUACUGGUAGGGACGACAUUAGCAUCACCAGUUUUCGGUUAUGUGGACCAUCCAGCUCUUACAGCCCUGUGUGGGCUCACCGCAGCUUCUACCGUAGUAUCAGCCAUCAGUUAUCUAAUUAGUAAGGACACUUACAAAGUGCUCAAGAAAAAGUUAUGAAUCCAGUGAAUGUUGUUUAUUUAUUGUAUACAAAGUGUAUCAUUGAAUGUUGUAUAGUGUGUAAUUGUGUAUAGUCUCCUAUUGUUUUUUUUGAAAGAACAUAAGCCAUAUAUGACUAAUAUUCCCCU